ACUUCAGUCAUCAAGAAUGAACGCAGCACAUUCGAAAUGAAUCAUUCACCUUAUAAACAUGCAUGAGGCCCCCUGUGGCCCGGAACCUUCUGAGAGGGGUGGGGGUCAUCCUACAGGAUAAAUAGAGCGCACCUUGAAGAGCACCACACUCGGCGGAUGACAUCACCGGAAACACCGGAAAACUUGUACCGACGCAGACACCCAACCGAUCGAGAUGCCUCCUCAGCUCCAGUCUUCAAAGCAGGCCGGCCCUCGGGUGCUACAAGGCGAACUGAACAGCCUUAGUCCAGCCAUCAGGGACUUUGUGGAGGCCAAUGUCGCGCUCUGUCAGCCGGACGCCCUUCACAUCUGUGACGGCUCGGAGGAGGAGAACCGGACACUCCUGGCCCAGUUGGAGGAGCAGGGCUUGAUUAAGAAAUUGCCCAAGUACAACAACUGUUGGCUGGCCAGGACAGACCCUCAGGACGUAGCCCGGGUAGAGAGCCGGACGGUGAUCGUGACCCGCGACCGCCGCGACACAAUACCCACCCCUCUGGACGGCAGCGUCAGCCAGUUGGGCCGCUGGAUGUCACCCGAGGAAUUGGACAAAGCAGUCUCUCAGCGCUUCCCGGGGUGCAUGAAGGGUCGCACCAUGUACGUGAUUCCAUUCAGCAUGGGACCGGUGGGAUCGCCGCUCUCCAAAGUCGGUGUGGAGCUGACAGACUCUGCCUACGUGGUGGUCAGCAUGAGGGUGAUGACCCGAAUGGGGAAGGCAGUUUUGGCCUCCCAUGGUACCGGUGACUUCGUACGCUGUCUGCACUCUGUCGGCUGCCCGCUGCCACUUAAAAAACCUCUGGUGAACAACUGGCCUUGUAACCCUGAGCAGACCCUGAUUGCCCACGUCCCAGAAAACCGGCAAAUCAUAUCUUUCGGUAGUGGUUACGGCGGUAACUCCCUGCUCGGCAAGAAAUGCUUUGCCUUGCGCAUCGCUUCACGUCUCGCUAAGGAAGAAGGCUGGCUAGCAGAGCACAUGCUGAUCUUGGGCGUCACCAACCCCACAGGCCAGAAGAAAUACAUGGUGGCGGCAUUUCCCAGCGCCUGUGGGAAGACCAACCUGGCCAUGCUGUGUCCUACACUUCCUGGCUGGAAGGUGGAGUGCGUAGGAGACGACAUCGCCUGGAUGAAGUUUGACCAAGAAGGUCACCUGCGAGCCAUCAACCCAGAGAACGGCUUCUUUGGAGUCGCACCUGGCACAUCCGCCAAGACCAACCCUAAUGCCAUGGCCACCAUCACCGAGAACACCCUCUUUACCAAUGUGGCAGAGACCAGCGACGGCGGUGUGCACUGGGAGGGCAUGGACGAAAUUCUGCCUGAGGAUGUCACCAUUACUUCAUGGAAAAACCAACCUUGGAGCCAGAAAGAUGGAGAACCUUGCGCACACCCCAACUCCCGUUUCUGCACUCCGGCAAAUCAGUGUCCCAUCAUUGAUCCUCUGUGGGAAUCCCCUGAAGGGGUUCCUAUUGAGGCCAUCAUCUUCGGGGGGCGUCGACCUGAAGGUGUCCCGCUGGUUUAUGAGGCGUUCAGCUGGCAGCAUGGCGUCUUUGUAGGAGCAGCCAUGCGUUCGGAGGCCACCGCUGCAGCAGAACACAAAGGCAAGGAGAUCAUGCACGACCCCUUUGCCAUGCGGCCCUUCUUCGGCUACAACUUUGGACAGUACCUGUCGCACUGGCUGAGCAUGGCAGAGCGUUCCGGUGCCAAGUUGCCGAAGAUCUUCCACGUCAACUGGUUUCGCAAGAGCCCCUCAUCCGGGUUCCUGUGGCCCGGUUUCGGCGAAAAUAUCCGCGUACUUGAUUGGAUGUUCCGGCGGCUGAACGGGCAGGCCGGAGCCAUGCCCUCCGCUAUAGGCUACCUGCCGCGUCUAGAGUCCUUCAACCUGGAGGGCCUGAGGGAGCCCGUGGACCUGGAACAGCUCUUCGCUCUGGACCGGGACUUCUGGCAGAAAGAGGUGGAAGACGUCGGGAAGUAUUUCGCCACGCAGGUGAAUGAGGACCUUCCGGAAGAGGUGGCAAGGCAGCUGGAGCUUCUUAAGCACAGGGUCAACCAGAUAUAGGGCUGCCACUGAUGAUGAUAUAUAGUAUGUCCAAUUAUGCGGCUCUUAAAAAGGACAUCAAAACUCUCCAAAUGAGUUUAUCACUAGUAGACGUCCAAUCCAUUUGAAGUUGAAGGGUGGCAGCGAAUGAUUUCAAGAUUUGAGAUUGCGCUUGAAGAAUAGAAUAUUAAUGAAUUUGUGAACCGCAAAUAGUCAGGGCUUCACUGUAUUCCCCAACAGAGUAAUUAGCAUUGAUUGCUGUUGUUAGUCGCCCUGUCGACAUUUCUUCUUCACUUAUAUUUAACUUAAAAGUUAUACUUAACUUUUAUUUGAUGACUUAAUUUAUUUUUAUAUAGAUUAUAUGCAUUUUGUCGACAUUUGCUGGUAAUCUG